CGUGACUUUGACGCAUUGGCGUGAAUUGCUAAGCUGCUUCGCUUCUGAUGAUGUGAAACGUUUUGGAAACGAUAUUUCUACUCUGACAUUGCAACAUAUGCACUACGGUCCGAUGUGCCCGUGGAUUCACAUGAAUUCCUCCUGCAUGGCUGCGCUUCAGUAACGGACAGCACCUCUGCUUGUUAAACUCCCUGACUGUCUAGCGCCAUGCUGCUGUACGCUUCAAUAGGGUUGCUCUGUGUAAUAUGCGCUGGCCCAACCAUGGGGGAAUCAGGUUUUGUACAACUGGACAGCGCACCGCCUUCUAAAAUCGCUGUUAUUGGUGGUGGAAUCGGUGGAACCGCGACAGCGCAUUUCCUACGGCAGCAUUUCGGGCCGGAAGUGCGCAUUGACGUGUUCGAGAAGCGGGAGGUCGGUGGUCGCUUGGCAACUGUCACUGUUAACAACCAAGUCUACGAAACUGGCGGCUCCAUCAUCCAUUCCCUCAACUUACACAUGCAGGACUUUAUGAAGCAGCUAGGGCUGAAGUAUCGAAGGAGUGUGGCAGGCAAGAUGGCCGUGUUUAAUGGUAAGGAGUUCAUACUGGAAGAGACUGACUGGUACUUGCUGGACCUGUUCCGCCUGUGGUGGCGUUAUGGCAUCAGCUUUAUCCGGAUGCAGAUGUGGGUGGAGGAGAUCAUGGAGAAAUUCAUGAGAAUCUAUAAAUACCAGGCUCAUGGAUAUGCAUUCAGUUCAGUGGAGGAGUUGCUAAAUUCAUUGGGUGGUUCAGGAUUUCUCAACAUGACCCGUCGCUCUCUCUCUGAGUCUCUGUUGGAGUUGGGUGUAUCUCAGCGGUUCAUUGAUGACAUUGUGGCUCCAAUCAUGCGGGUCAACUAUGGCCAGAAUGUCAGUAUGCCAGCAUUUGUUGGUGCUGUUUCACUGGCUGGUGCACAAGCCAAUCUAUGGGCAGUGGAAGGAGGGAAUAGAUUAGUUUGCUCUGAACUUUUAAAACUAGCAAAGGCCAACUUGAUCCAUUCACAAGUUACCACCAUUUCCCUUGAGUCAGCAGGUGAAUCUCACCAGUACAAGCUCAGUUACACUACCCAAGCUGAGAUUGCAUCAGAUAUCUACGACAUAGUUGUUAUAGCCACUCCUCUCCAAGAAAACAUCAACCCUGGAAUCUCUUUCCUAGGCUUUGAACCGAAGCUACCAGAGAUAACUGGGUCUUAUCACACAAUGGUGGCUUCUAUUGUCCAUGGUUAUCUCAACUGUACUUACUUUGGCUUCUCUGACCCCAAGCUUUUCCCCUUCACAAGUGUGCUGACCACAGAAACAGCUGAUCUCUUUUUCAACAGUGCCUCUAGCAUCUGCCCAGUCAACAUCAGCACUGGCUUUCGCCGCAAGCAGCCACAUGAGGCCCGAGUCUACAAAGUCUUCUCUCCAAAACCACUAGAGAAGGAUGAGCUAAAGACCCUUUUUAAGUCUUACUACUCUGUUCAGGUCAUUGAAUGGAAGGCAUACCCUCGAUAUGGAAGCUCUCAGGAGAUGCCGCCUAUGAUCCUGCAUGACAAUCUUUACUACCUCAAUGGAAUUGAAUGGGCAGCAAGUGCCAUGGAGAUGAGCUCUGUGACUGCUAAGAACAUUGCGCUCCUGGCUUACUAUCGCUGGAGCAGACAGCUUGAGAUGAUUGACCAGAAGGACCUCAUGCACAAGAUCAAGACAGAACUGUGAUGUUUUGUGACCAAAAACUUUUUUUUUUUUUUGCGGGGGGGAAGUAAACAUCUGAAAUUGAUGGAUUUGUUUUGGAGGACAUGGCCCUUUGCACAUCUAUUUCAAAAUUUCCAGUCAUUGUCUUGAUUACUACUGUAUUUUAAAAAAUGACCGUGCUAAAGUCAUUUGGGAAAACAGUACUGGUUUUUUUUUCUUUAAUUUGUGGUUUGCUUGAGUGAUUUGCUAGUUUAAAUAAAGUGUUUAUGCUGUACUCAUUCUAGAUUAUUCUUAUAGCAAUGUAACACAUUUAGCUUGUUAAUUUAACACCUGAUUUAUUGGCAAAUUUUGCACUAAUACAGGUGGGUUCUGUACAGUCUAAUUACGACACUUCCUACAACAGUUCGUUUAUUGUUUAAUUGUAUUGUUGAAUUGUUUUAUGCAGAGAAAUGAAAUAUGGAUAACAUUAAUAAAUUGUUAGAAUAGACUACUUUACAAUUUCGUUACACUGUGCAUAUUUACUGGCUAGGUCAUUUUAAGUAGCUGGGCUGUGUGUAAAUGGUUUAAAGAGCUUUACAAGGAGGUUUUAAUUUUGGGGAAACAAAAGACUACAGUUCACUGAUCGCUACAUAAAAUAUCUGGAUAGCCCAUUGGCCAGUAAGAGUGAAGCCAUCUGGCCACCAUAUUAGCAUGCACAUUGGAUCGGUAUGGUCAUAUCUCUGCCUAGGAAGCUACACAAAACUGGACACGUUAUUCAUCUAAUUAUUGAGGGGGGAAAAAAUGGACAUGUUAUUUAUACACGUGUGUGUGUGUGUCAGCAUGUGAAUGGUUGAUUUUUGUGGCGGUGUUUUGUGUUUUAAUCAUAAUGUACAGUAUUCAAUACAUUUUAUCAUCAGGGACACAUUCAGGAAGAUUUAAUGCAGAUAUUAAUAAUAAUAAUAAUAAUAGUGUACAAUGGCGGCAUGGUGGUGUAGU